AUGGAGAUGGACUACGAUUUAGUUCUGGAGGAUGAGUUUGACGCCCUGUGUUUGGAUGUCAGGGGAGAGGAUGCUUCGUCUUCAAAGAUCAAAUAUCCCGCAAAAUUACACGCUCGCAAAGUCGUCAAGGAGCUAGGUGUCCACGACGGCCUCAUAUAUCUCCCCGGUCAACCAGAGAUCCAACUAGAGGACUCAGACCAACCGCAGCUCUUCCGCCAGCGACGAUACUUCUUCUACAUCUCCGGCGCCAACUUUGAAGACUGUGCCGUGACAUACGAAAUCGCACACGACAAGCUCACGCUAUGGAUUCCGUACAUCGAGCCCCGUCAGGUCCUCUGGUUCGGUUCCAAGCCCUCCGCAGGGGAAUGCAAGCGGCGGUAUGAUGUCGAUGAGGUGAGAUACACGACACAGCUGGGCAAGUUCCUCCGCAGCUAUGCCGCGUCGCCUUCAUGCCCUGUGACAUACAUCCUUCAUCCGAAUCAGGCUCCCGACCUGGGCCAUGGAACACAAGCACAGCUGCGUCUCGAUCACACUCGACUGCUGCCGGCUAUGGACCGCGCCCGGGUCAUCAAAACGCAGUAUGAAAUCGCCAUGAUUCGUCGCGCGAAUGAUAUUUCUAGCGCGGCGCAUCGCACCAUCGCAGAACGUCUCUUGCGUCUUAAGAAUGAACGUGAGAUUGAGGCCAUUUUCCAGGCUGUGUGUAUCGCUAGUGGGACGAGGUCGCAGGCGUAUCCUGUGAUAGCUGGCUCGGGCGCCAACGGCUCGACUUUGCAUUAUAACGAGAAUAAUGCGUCGCUCAGGGGGAAGCAGUGCGUUGUGAUUGACGCUGGUUGCGAGUGGGAUUGCUACGCUAGUGACGUUACGCGUACGUUGCCGCUGUCGGGGUCGUGGCCGCCGAGGGCUGCUGCCGUGCAUGCUAUCGUUCAGCGCAUGCAGGAUGAGUGUAUUGCCAUGGUUCGUCCUGGACAGAUGUGGUAUGAGGUUCAUUUGCAUGCUGCGUCGGUUGGGCUGGACGGUCUGCUCAAGCUGGGCAUCUUGAAGGGCGAGCGUGGGGAGGUUGCUCGUGCUGGCACCGUUUCAGCAUUCUUCCCGCAUGGUUUGGGACAUCAUGUGGGAUUGGAGGUUCACGAUGUGUCUGGCACGUUGCCCCUGGCUGUGACAAAGGGCCAUGAUGCGCAGCUGGAGUUUGGGAAGAGGACGACGGUGACGCCCUCAAUGCUUGCUGAUAUGAUGCGGAUGAAGCGGUUUGGGGACAUGGUGGGUGUUGAGGAGAGGAGGAGACAGCGCUUGCAGCCGAAUAUGAUUGUUACGGUUGAACCGGGAAUCUACUUUUGCCGCGAAUAUCUAGAGGGUUACUUCCGGAGUGACCCUGUUCACCGACAAUUUAUCGACUGGGAUGUCCUCGAAGACUACUAUGCCGUCGGUGGUGUUCGUAUUGAGGACGAUAUCCUUGUGACUGAGGAUGGGUAUGAGAACUUGACGACUGCGCCCAAGGGUGAUGAACUGUUGGAUGUCAUCAAUAAGGGAAGGAAGUAG